AUGGCUAAUGCCGAAGGGCAUGCCCCCUCUGAGGCGGAAAGCCCCAAGGCAGAGGAAGGCCUCGCAGAGGCUGCCCUUUCGGCUGCGCGUGAGGCGAACGUGUAUGCCUCUCCUUAUCCCACGCCAAACUUCAAUCCUGCACUCGCCAUCUCGAGUGCUCCAAGCCGGCAACUCACCCCGGUCACCUUCACCUCGCUCCCUCCUCCCACGCUCCCACAGCCAAACCAGCCAGGCAUCAUGACCCCAAUGCCACCAAGUUCUCAGGCUGGUCAGAAGCGUCCUCGACGCACCCGAUCUGAUGCGGAGCCGGAUUAUUCGGCUCAGAUGCGCAAUAAGAUCAAGGCAAAGGCGGCAGGUGCAAACAGAGCGAGAACCGCGAUCGCCUGCGACAGAUGCAAGGCACGUAAGCUUUGCUGCGACGAGAAUCCGGAUUCCUGUGUCAAUUGCGCCAGCGCGAACACCGAAUGCCUUGUCACCGACCCUGUCACCAUUGAAUCACUGCCCCGAGGUGCCAUCGCGAAGAUGAGAGCGGAGAUGGAUACCAUGAAGCGCAAAAUCGAGAGCAUAGAGCAGCGUAUGCAUCAACGGGAUGUCACGAUUAAUCUGCUCAUGGAUCAGCUUCGUUAUCACCAAAGUCAGAUUGCGACUCUCAGCAGCGAACUCGCACAUCAGAGACAUGGUACCAUGCUGCACGCUCCGAAUGAUGGACUCUCUUAUCACCUCGAACCUCCCUCGGGCGAACCGACGAUCAACCCCCCGACGGUCCGACAGGUAAGUUACACAUACUUCUUCAUCUUCAUUGUAGAGCUAUAG